AUGGCUGACGAAGAGAACAACCAUGAUGAUAUUGAGAUCGCUGAACCAAGCACAAGUGAUGAAAGUAUUAGCGAUGAUGAGAGUGAUGACGAAGAAUUUGAUGAUGCUGUUGACGAUUGGGGUGACAUUGAUAUUGUGGAGGUCGCCGGUGAACACGACGAUGACGAGCAAGAUACUAGCCAGGAAUCGCAACAAGACGAUGAUGACGACAGUAAUGAUCACAAUUUCGAUCCCUCUUUACCAGUUCAUCAUCAAUAUUUAGGCUCUAACUUAGAAGAAUUUACUGGAAGGACAGUUUUUGAAGAAGAUCAAGUCAUUCAAUUACCUAUUCUAAGAUUACCGUCGCUAGUUUUAUUUCCUGGCGAAAUGUUACCUCUUCAUUUUUAUAUGCCUAAUCAAGUUAAUAUGGUCAGAAAUCUAUUUAGGACAAAUAGAACACUAGGUGUCGUCAAUUUAAAGCAUAGCAAUCAACAAUGUCGAUAUGGAACAACAGCUGAAAUUAUAUCAGUCCAUGCAGAUGAAUUAGAAGGUGGGAUAAGCGUUAAAAGUAUUGGUAGGCAACGUUUUUAUAUCAAAAGUACAAGACGUCAAAGUGAUGGAAUACUGCUCGCUAAUGUCGAGAUUAUGAAGGAAUCGUCUCAAUCUGCGAUACAAAAUCAAUCUUAUGCCAGAAGAAAGGGCUUCGUCAUCUCGAAACCUGGCUGUCGUAACCGAGCGUUGAGUACAUACAAAAAUCUAUCACCUCACCCUAGCUGGCUCUACGAAAUGUACAAUGAAGAUAUUCUUAUUCAAAGAAUUAAGAAAGAGUUGCUGCAAUGGAAUAAUGCUUUUAACCUAUCUAAUCUACCCGACGAACCGACGCGCUUUUCAUAUAAAUUAGCUAAUGGACUCCCACUAGAUGACAACAUUCGGGUCGAAUUAUUAACAUUGAAUUGUACCGUGUACAGGCUACAAAAGGAACUGGAUUUAAUCUGUCGCUAUACUAUGUUAUCAUGCAGUACUUGUCAAUCACCAAUAACUGAUAAAAAGAAUAUCUUCAGUAUGUCCAUGAAUGGCCCAAUGUCGUCCUUUGUUAAUCCCGGUGGAUACGUACAUGAUACCUUUACUGUCCGAAAAGUCUCCAAUAUUGUCACCAUUGGACAAAAGUCACUACAAUAUAGCUGGUUUCCUGGGUAUGCAUGGACAAUUGCUCAAUGUAGUAGUUGCCAUCAACACAUGGGUUGGAAAUUUACAGCUACCAAACACUCAUUAAAUCCUAAACAAUUUUAUGGUCUUACUCGUUCUUCUGUUCAACCUGUUAUUACACUUGAUAGCACUACCGUUUAA